GAAGAAUGACCGAGGUGGAGCCUGUACUGGAUUUCGCAUCAUCCGGCCGCACCGGCCGAAGGAACGCCUUGCCUGACAUCUUGGGCUCGCCCGCUGGGGUCACCCCUACGGACUUGCCACUGAAACUGGCAGAAAUGUCUCUGAACACAGACAGGUCUCAAGAAAUGCAGUCGCCAGCGACAGAGGUCCCUCCGCAGGCGCUGCAGAGUCCAGAACUGAAAGAUACCUCCUAACCCUCUCCAUGGGGAGGCAGAUGAAGCCAAAAAGGGAAAGGAAAAAAACUUCAUAAAAUGUCAGCAGAAGUUUGCCUGGCGUUUCCUAGUCAUGACUUGGCAAGACUGCCUAACAUCCUUUGAUGCGAUGGUGCAACAGGGAAAAGAGGAGAGAACAAGCAGCCAUUUUUUGAUAUACCAAAUCUUGAGGGUCUCUUUCUUUUAAAAAGGUUUGAAAGAAGAGAGGGAUUGGGGAGGAGGGUUUUCUUGUUUCCACACUGAUGCUGUUGAGGAGCACCGUGUCACCGCUUCACAGAACCACAAAGAAGGUUGUUAAAAGGAUCCAUUUCUUUUUCUUUAAUAGAGUUCAUUGUUCACUGUGA